UAGAGAGGGCUUUAAAGACAAUUCCGAACGAUGGACAACUGGAAUCUGACCAUCAAGAGCCAGAAGAACAAUGUAAUGUCCUUAUUCCCAUAAAUGAUGCACUACUUAGUAAUGACGCAAAUUCAGAGGACAAUAAUCCCUGUAAUGAUCAACUAGUAAUUUUAGGAGAAGAAUCUUUGUUUACUCUUCCAGAAGAACCUUUUUUUACUAUUGAAAAAGAAAUAAUAUUACCUUCAGAUCAGAUUCAAGCAAAAAAACUAUAAUAGAGACCAACCAAAAAAUCGAUUUAAAUACCUGUGUUCCAUCUACUAGUAAAGACAGUGUCGGCUUAGAGGUAACAAAAAAUGGGAAAACCCCUUAUUUAAUUACAUAUAAAGAUAGUAGUUCUGAUUUGGAGGAUGAUCACUACAAAGACUCGGGAUCAAGUUACCAGUGAUUCAGAAGAUGUGACAGAACUCAUCAACGCUAUUUACCGCACUGUUCAAAAACGCCGAGUUACUGGAGUUACGCGCCAGUCUGAUUUAUAAUGGCUUCUGAAGACCACGCGGGUCCGUCAAGGAGCUCUGAAAGGGCAAAAAAAAGGAAGUAUGAUGAAUCAUAUUGUGGGCUUACUGAGUCAGAAGUGAAUAAUAUUCUAGAUGAGAUGAGUGAAAGUGACUUAUAUGCAAGCGAGGAUGAACCAUUUAAAGACAGUGGAAGUGAAUACGUUCCUGAAUCUGAGAGUGACAGUGAGGCGAUUUUUAGCUCCGGAGAAGAUGAGAAUGAUUUGGAAAACCAGAGUAUCCCAGAACAGAACACUGAUACUAAUUUAGACACCCCUGAUACUUUUCAAAAUGUACAAGAUUUUGUUAUACAGUGGGAUUCAAAUGAAUUCGUUCCCAUAGUUCACCAGUUUGAUAGCAUUCAUAGUGGCCUCCAAAACGAAAGCUUAUUGAACGAAAACCGAGAGGUGGAGUAUUUUCUGAACUUUUUCUCCGAAGAAAUAGCCAAAGCUAUUGUUGAAGAAACCAAUCUUUUCGCACAACAACAAAAUGCUAAGAAAUGGAACAAUAUUGACUUGUUCUACGUUUUUAUAGCACUUACAAUGCUGAUGCCACAUGUAAAAAAGUCGGACCUGAAAGACUACUGGUCUACAGAUGAUUUGAUUGGAACUCCAUUCUUCCGGCAAGCGAUGUCUCGUGAUCGAUAUGUGCAAAUAUUGAGAUACUUGCAUUUUAGCAACAACGAAACAGCAGUGGAAGGUAAUCGACUAUACAAGAUCGAAUCCAUUGUGAAUAUGUUUCAAAACAAAUUUCAAAGCCAGUUUUACCCCUUCGAAAACAUCGUAAUAGAUGAAAGCAUGGUUUUGUUCAAAGGUCGGCUGGUAUUCCAACAAUAUAUAAAAUCCAAAAGGCAUCGAUUUGGAAUAAAAUUAUACGUUUUGUGCGACUGUGAAACUGGGUAUGUUUUGAAUUUCAUCGUAUACGUUGGCAAAGAGGAAAAUAAAAAUGCAGAUAUUGACACAGGUCUAGGUUUGUCGGGAAAUGUAGUUGUAAAACUUCUAGAGCCCUAUCUCAACAAAGGACAUUCAUUUUACAGUGACAAUUAUUACACCAGUCCAUAUUUGGCAAGCUAUUUGUUUGAGCAUAAAACUAAUAGUUGUGGGACCGUACGUGCCAACAGAAAGCACAUGCCAAUAUUUGAAAAAAAGUUAAAAAAAGGAGAAACUGAAUGGAGGAGCAGUAACCAUAUUUUAGCUCUGAAGUGGAAAGAUCGUCGUGACGUACAGAUGCUCACAACCUUUCAUGAGAAUAAAAUGAUUAUUCUUCCUAUAAUAGACAGGAUUACCAAGGAAAAUAAGCAGAAACCGUUAUGUGUACUUGCAUAUAACGAAAACAUGGGAGCCAUAGAUAGAGCUGACAUGGUGAUUAGCAGUGUGGAUUAUACUAGAAAAACCAUUAAGUGGUAUAAAAAAUUAUUUUUCCACAUAUUAGAUAUUUCUAUGCUGAAUGCUCACGCUUUAUGGAAGACUCAAAACCCCAACCACGCAUCAUUUCCUUCAUUUCAUCUACAAGUUAUCCGACAGAUACUUCAAAAGUAUCCAACAAAUUAAAAUCCCUAAACCUGGAGCUUCGCAUUGUACUGGACUUGCAAGGCUGUCGGAAAAACAUUUUCCCGCGGAAGUCCCUCCAAAAAAUGGCAAACUACAACUCAGAAGAUGUUGGGUAUGCUCUCACACAACAAAAGGGCCUAAGAAGAGAAAGGAUUCAAAAUAUAUGUGCAACGAUUGUGGAAUCGGACUGUGUGCUACGCCAUGUUUCCAAAUAUACCACGAGCAAGUCGACUUUUAGAAUGUUAUUUUUUUAAAUUUAUUUUUAUUCUUUCUUUUAUAUAGAGUUUAAGUUUCAGUCUGUCAAUAUAUAUUUUGAUUUGUGAAAUAAAUAAAAUUAUAAGUGAAA